AAGUUCGUCCUGAUCACAUCUGGCUUCGUGACGCUGGUGUUGUGGGUGUUCUUCGCCACUGUCCUGUAUCUGUGCGAAAGGGCUGACUACACCGAAGAGUCUGAUAUGACGGAAGCCGAGCGGUUUAAUAACAUCCCACACUCGUUGCCAUAUACGUUUGUGCUGCUCACGGGAGACUAUCCUCUGACUGAGUUCAAUGUGUGGGGGCGUUUAACGUGUACGGUGAUGAUUGUCGUGGCGGUGGGUCUGGUGGCUAUCCCGUCGGGUGCUGUGGCUGCAGGUGAGGAAUUAUGCAAGAAUGCGGAUGAAUAG